CCUCUGACGGUUUGAUCCGUACUGACGCAGAUAGGUUUAGCCAAUAGGAGUGUACGUUUUUGGUACAUAUUGAGGUCAAAUGUAACAGAAAUGGAGGCGUUGAAAAUGUAAACAGUAACCUGUGCUUUUAGAGGACAGCUCAAGGUUAUGGGGCUGUUGUGGCGGACAGUGCAGUCUGUGGCGAGGCAGAGGGAGGGGAGCCGCAGACACUUCUGGGGUUGGCUCAAUGCUGUUUUUAACAAGGUGGACUAUGAGAGGAUCAAGGCGGUUGGUCCAGACAGAGCUGCCGCAGAGUGGCUGCUGAGAUGUGGUGCCAAAGUGAGGUUUGAAGGUUUUGACCGCUGGCAUCAUGACUACAACGGACUGCCAACGGGGCCUCUUGGCAGAUACAAGAUCCAGGCAAUCGAUGCUACUGAAUCCUGCAUCAUGUACAAAGGGUUCGACCACCUGGAUGGCUUGAAAUAUGUGGAGGAAAUUAAAUUCAACAAGUGUAUCUACAUCGAGGAUGUCUGCCUGGAAAGGUUGAGUUCAAUAGAGAACCUGCAGGCCAGUCUCUACAUGAUGGAGGUGGUGUCAUGUGGUAAUGUGACUGACAAGGGUGUUGUUGCACUCCACACACUCAGGCACUUGGAGUAUCUGUUUCUGAGUGAUCUCCCUGGAAUCAAAGACAAGCAAACCACAGUUGACAGGCUGCAGAGGGCGCUCCCACGUCUGGACAUAGCACUGGAUCUGGACUGAUUCAAGAGCAGUUCUGGUUCUGAAACAUGAAUGUAUUUGGUUGUUCCGAAAGAAAAGAAAUGACUGUCAGAGUAAAAGACACCGAUUAGAGAACAGUUUUAAUUAUUUGUGCUGUUUGUUGUUCAAGUGGAUGUAUGGCUUUGUGUAGUGUUCUUGAGCUUUAAACCAACCGCUCAAAAAACAGCAGUUUAGGCAGUUUUCACUGACAUUUCCAAGUUUAUUUAAGGUUAUCCUGCAAUUUUUUAGCUAUUUUUAAUUUCUUAUUUAGAAUACUUUGGCAUUUUGCUGAAAUCCUCCAUAGCACGAAAGUUCCAGGGAUACAGAAGAUGAGUACGAAAACUAAUGAACGCUAGUAGCAGGAACACUUGCAGCUGUAUUCACUGACGUCAAUAAAUAUUUUUUUAGAACUGAUUAAAGUUUUUAUCCUACAUUAUAACUGACUAAGAGAUUACAGUUGCUACCAAAAAAAUGUCACUUUUUAAUAAAGUCCAUCGUAUUAUAUAUAAAAAAAAAAAAAACAUUUGGCAAACGGGGCAUAGGCAGUCCAUUAUAGUUUUACCCUCAGUCAACCCUAACAACAAGCAAAACAGCAUGAUGCUCCUCUUUGUCUUAAAAUAUCAGCUUAAAAAGCUGGCAAAACAUACAUAAACCGACACAUCCAACAGUACACGCUGGGUUUAGUGCAUAGAAUAAGUAAGAGACACCCAGUAUGCCUCAUGAGGAACAAAACGUGGUAAAAAGUUGUGGAUCCGGUUUUUUACGUUAGGAAACUACAGUCUAUAAGACUCUUGCUUUAUUUCCUGAGUGGUUCAGAAAAUGCAGGCGUCCAUCUUCAUUUCUGAUCAGGAUCAUUUAGAUGUUCGGGAGGUGAUAGUUGAACUUGCGCAGGUUGUUGUAGUACUUUUUACUGUCCAGAGCUGGAAAGAUGCUGCUGCUGGUCAGCUGGGGCAAAUACUGGAGAGAAAUAAAAUAUAAUUUUAGAUACAAUUUACUAAUCAAUAAUUUUUAAAAUAUAUUUACGAUGCUUUGCAAGUAUUCAAACCUUUCCGUCUUUUGUCAUGUUAUAGGCAGAAAUUACUAUUUUGUUUUAGAAUUUUAAAUGAUCUAACAAAGUAAUGUAAGAUUGAGAGCUGAAAGGAAAAUGAGACAUGGUUUUCAAGCCUUUUUACAACUGUGGUAUUGCAUUUGAAGUUUUGAAAUAUCUAAACCAGUUAUUGGCAUCUGGAGACCAAACGUUUUGACCAUUUUUGCAAAAUAGGUUGAGCUCAGUCAGAUUUUUUUUAGAGCAUGUGUAAACAGCAACAGAUUCAGGUCUUUGAGCUCAGGCUGUGUGUUUAGGGUCAUCUUCCUGCUGGAAGAUGAACCUCUUCUACAGUCUCCACUCUUGCAGCCUCCUACAGGUUUCCUUUCAGAAUUGUCCUGUAUUUAAGUUGCAUCUAUCUUCCGCAUCAAGUCUGACCAGCUUUCCGGUCCCUGCUGAAGAAACACAGCAUGAUGCAGCCACGUCCAUGUUUCAACAUGAGGAUGGCAUGUUCAGAAUGAUGUGCAAUGUUAGGUGUCCAAAAAGCCAAAGGCCAAAAUGUUUAACUGUGGUCUCAUCUGACCAUCCUCUUCUACAUGUUUGCCAGGAGCCAUUUAGAAGACACAGCAAACCGCAAACAUUGUUAUGGUUUUCCUUUAAUAAAGACUUUUAUAUAGGCCAGUUAUAUGGAGUAAAAGAUUAACUGGUGUCCUGUCAACAGAUUCUCCCACCUGAGCUGUUGAUCUCUGCAGCUCCUUCAGAGUUACUAUGGCACUCUUUGCUGCUUUCACUGGUAAUGAAUGUGUUGCAUGGCCAUGAUCCUGUUUGUUCUCAAAUGUUCUUUUACGAACCUCUCGGGUUUUAUUUAGUUGUAUCAGAGUAUAUGGAGUUGAAUACAUUAUGCAUGCUGCACUUUUCAGAUGUUUGUUGGUGAAUUAAGCAGAAAAUCAUGUAUCAUUUUCAUUCCACUUUAAAGUUUUGUGCAUCUAUCAAAUCCCAGUAUACUACAUUCCAGCUUGUGAUUUUUAACUCAAAAACAUCAAGUUUAAUAAUUAUGAAUACCUUUGCAAGGUGCUGGAUAGAUUACGUAUUAUGUAUAUUUAUUUAUUUUUAACCAAUAAUUUGACUAACUUAUCUGUAAAUUAAGUAAUGAGUAAUUGCUUUAGGACUGCACAACGUGUAUAUAAAAAAGUAAAGAGUUUGCAAUAAAAUUUAUUAAAUUUC